UGAACAUCACCACCCCAGCUGCCGGAGACUGGUUCAUCGCUGCACACCUGCCUCAGGCUGCAGGCAAGAUCGAAGUGAAGGGUUUCUCCACUCCAUGCGCCUAUAUAUUCCAGCCGGACAUGUUUGUGCUGAGACUUGUUGAUGUCCCUGUCCUGCAGCCGGACAUUCCCCUGCAGCAAACCAUUGCCUCUCCUGCUAGGCCACUGCAUGUCAAGAUCUUCAUCCCUGAGUACACUGCCACGAUGCAGUUCACACUGCGGAGCUGUGUGGUGAACAGCACAAAGGCGUGUGCCAUCCGGGUCAUGCUGGGCUCCAUCAUGCUGCCGCAGUCCUUCCAGAAAAUCCUCAGCUGCAAGGGGACAGCGGAUUGCAGCCUGGUCCUCCAUUCGCCCCCAUGGGAGAAGUGGCUGCAGAUCAUGGCAGAGAAUCUGGGCACCGCCAAUGCCAGCGUCUCCUUUGAGAUGAUUGCCUUCUUCACAGCUUGCAAGCCGGGGAGCACCAAUUCUUUCCUUAAUUUCUACAAUAGCCUGAAUCAGAGCCAGAGCACUCCAGCCCUGGGCGGGGGUCGCAAUGCCAGCACCCUGGGAAUGUUGGGGAACACCACUCUACCUGCAGUGGGUGCUGCAAACAAUGCAUCCGACCCAGGGACCUUCUGCCUCCAGAAUCAGCCCGUCAUCCGUGAGGACCUGGACGUUGCCUCUGUGAGGUUCAGAGUUAUAAAUGGGCCCAGCAUUCCUGUCCACUCUGAAUUCCCCACGCUUCUCCUCUUCAACUUGAAUACUGGCAUGGACAGUGGAGGCACCCUGGUGGUGAACCUGCUGCUGAACGAGACUUCCCUGAGCAUAGGCAAUGCUAGCGUGUUUGCGUGCAUGACUGCUGCCUCUCCAGUGCUGACCCUCAAUACCACACAGAACUGCAGCACAGCUUUUUUCCAGGGCUACCCUCUGAACGUGACUGGGUCCUCCACAGAAGCAACGCUGAUUAUUCCCUACCCAGAGACUGACAACUGGUUCCUUUCCCUGCAGCUCAUCUGCCCACGGGGCCAGGGAGAAUGUAACAAAGCGAAAGCCAAAGUGACCGUCUCCACAUACCUCAGCCCCUGCUUUGACGACUGUGGGACAUAUGGACAGUGCAGUCUUCUGAGAAGACAUGGCUACCUCUAUGCCGGCUGCAGCUGUAAAGCUGCCAUUGCAGUUGCUCUGUAUCGCUACUACCUGGUGGAGGCCUCUGUUUACACGUACACCAUGUUCUUCUCCACGUUCUACCACGCGUGUGACCAGCCAGGAGUUGCUGUGAUGUGCAUCAUGGAUUACGACACUCUGCAGUACUGCGACUUCCUGGGCUCCGUAGUCGCCAUUUGGGUGACGAUCCUGUGUAUGGCCCGAGUGAAGAAAAUCUUAAAAUAUGUUCUCUUUGUGCUGGGGACCCUGUUAAUUGCCAUGUCCCUGCAGCUGGACCGCAGAGGGAUUUGGAACAUGAUGGGCCCCUGUCUUUUUGCUCUCAUCAUCAUGAUCAUGGCAUGGGUUUACCACGGAGUGAAGCGCCGCCAUUGCUACCCCACCUCAUGGAAGCGCUGGGUUUUCUACCUCAUUCCAGGGAUCAUCUUGGCUUUCGUCGCCAUCUCGGUGUAUGCAUUCAUGGAAACCAAUGACAACUACUACUACACGCACAGCAUCUGGCACAUCCUGGUGGCCAGCAGUGUGGCUUUCCUACUCCCGCCUCGUGACAAGCAUAAGAAUCCCUGGGCCUGGUCACAGAAGCUCAUCUGUCGCUAUCAGAUAUGCAAAAAUGACCGCGAGGAGCUCUAUGCGGUGACCUGAGUCGGGCUGGCAUGCAGGGCCACAGGCCAGUGGGAUGGAGGACUUGCUUGGGCCCCUCUUCUCCAGACGAGUGAGAACUGCCACCUGUGCAUGCUCAGAACUCAGUAAUGCUUUUGCUGGCUAGCCAGGGCAGCACAAUGGCAGGAGCAGGUUUGACUGUGCAGAUGCUGGGCCUCUGCCUCUGGGGAAAAUGGUGACAAGGAGUCCCCGCACCCCUCCACAGGAUAGGGAGAGGCUUCUAGUGUUUUUUAUAAAGAAAGGAAUAGCCUGCAUCCACGUGCCACCAAAAAGCCGAGAGCUCCAUUCCUUCCGGCCAUGGCAGCUGGUCUGGGGCUCGCUGUUACCUACCAUAGUGAGGGCUCUGGCACCAGAGCUCCUCUCUAGAUGCCAACUCCUCGCAGAGGGCUCCAGGAUGGUGCCUGGCUUUGUUUCCACUAGGAGUUCCUGUGAUCUCACCUCCCUUUGCCAUGGAAAGGGCAACUACCCCAGCUGUGUAUUAGCUGGAGCCGGUGGCCUCCUUCAGCAAGGCAUGUCUGUCUCAUCUUGGCGUUACUGGGGAGCUGCAGGGGUGUGGUGGGCUGCCCAUCCCAAAGCAAAACUAUGGAAAUAGAGGCACACUGUGCCCAUGUAUUCUAGAAUUAGCUGCCCCUUUGCCCAUCUCCAUAAUAUGCUCAAGGGUUUGAGUCCUUCACAUCCUGCUUUGCAUUGGGGGAAUAAUAACUGACGUGGAAAUUCUGCCACUGAAACAAGAACCAAACCCCAGAUCAGGCUACUGUUUUCACUCCUGUUUCUAUCAAGUGUCAGGUCAGCAGCUGCUGGAGUUUGUUUAAAUGUCUUGGCGGCUAUAGCAGUUCUUGUGAUUGCAGUAGGUAGUUGAGAGAACGUAGGUGAGUCCUGGAUAGGGUGUCUGUCUUAUGAGGAGGGGGCAGAAUGAGACUGUGACGUCCCAUGUAUUGGAUAGCUGUGUCUUGUUGAACAUGGCAGGACAAAUUUUCAACCUGGCCUUAACUAGGCCUCCCUUUCCACAGGUUGAAUUAUUUGCAUCCACAGCUGAGAUCAUGUCCAGGGCCGUCCU